AUGAGUGUUUGUGUGGAGGAAGAAGAGGACAGAGCAGAGUGUCCAGGAUCCAGCUGUCUGUCUAUGAAGAGUGACAGGUCCAAAGACUUACAUCCUCCAGACUUCAGUAAUGAACCUGGACCCUCAGACACAAAAGGUCAGGACCACAGACUGAGAGCAGAGUCUUUAGGAUCCAGCUGUCCGUCUAUGAAGGGGGACUGGUCCAAAGAGUUUAAUCCUCCAGACUUCAGUAAUGAACCUGGAUCCUCAGACACAAACAGAUUUUCAGCAGACAGUGGUCUGCAGGAGGUUUUAGAUGAACAUAAGAUCAGUCUGAGGAGGAGAUGUGAACGUGUGACUGAAGGAACUGAUGGAACAGGAAGUGAAACCCUCCUCAACACGAUCUACACUGAGCUCUACAUCACAGAGGGACAGAGUGAAGAGGUUAAUACCCAACAUGAGGUGAGACAGCUGGAGACAGCUUGCAAGAUGAAGACCUUCCAUGACACUCCAGUCAAGUGCCACAACAUCUUUAAAGCCUUACCUGACCAACAGAAACGCAUCAGAGUCAUUCUGACAAACGGCGUCGCUGGCGUUGGAAAAACCCUCUCAGUGCAGAAGUUCACUCUGGACUGGGCAGAGGGCUCUGAAAACCAAGACGUCAGUCUGCUGGUUCUGCUUUCGUUCAGGGAGCUGAACCUGAUCAAAGAUGAGCAGUACAGUCUUCUCAUGCUGCUCCACGUUUUCCAUCCAACAUUAAAGAAGGUCACAGCAGAGAAGCUCGCUGUCUGUAAAGUGUUGUUCAUCUUUGACGGCCUGGAUGAAAGCAGACUUUCACUGGAUUUCAGCAACAGGGAGGUUGUGUCUGAUGUCUCACAGAAGUCAUCUGUCAACGUACUGCUGACAAACCUCAUCCAGGGGAAUCUGCUUCCCUCGGCUCUGGUCUGGAUAACUUCCCGACCUGCGGCAGCCAAUCAGAUCCCUCCUGCAUGUGUUGACAGGGUAACAGAAGUACGAGGCUUCACUGACGCCCAGAAGGAGGAGUACUUCAGGAGGAGAUUCAGUGAUGAAGAGCUGUCCAGAAGAAUCAUCUCACACAUCAAGACAUCCAGGAGCCUCCACAUCAUGUGUCAGAUCCCAGUCUUCUGCUGGAUCUCUGCUACAGUUCUGGAGCACAUGUUGACCAAAGAACAGGGAGGAGAGCUGCCCAAGACCCUGACUGACCUGUACUCACACUUCCUGCUGGUUCAGACAAAGAGGAAGAAGCACAAGUAUGAUGAGGGACAUGAGACGAGUCCACAGGAGCUGACGAAGGCUGACAGGGAAGUUCUUCUGAAGCUGGGGAGGCUGGCGUUUGAACAGCUGGAGAAAGGAAACAUCAUGUUCUACCAAGAAGACCUGGAGCAGUGUGGUCUUGAUGUCACAGAGGCCUCAGUUUACUCAGGAGUUUGUACAGAGAUCUUUAAAAGAGAGAGUGUGAUCUUCCAGAAAACAGUCUACUGCUUUGUUCAUCUGAGCAUUCAGGAGUUUCUGGCUGCAGUCUACAUGUUCCACUGUCACACAGAGAGGAAGACAAGAGAGCUGAGGACUUUCCUGGAUGACUAUAGCAGCCACUCAUCACUCGAUGUCCUCCUGAAGUAUGCCAUGGAGAAAUCCCUCCAAAGUAAAAAUGGCCACCUGGACCUGUUUGUUCGCUUCCUUCAUGGCCUGUCUCUGGAGUCCAACCAGAGACUCUUAGGAGGCCUUCUGGGUCAGACAGAGAACAGACCAGAAAUCAUCCAGAGAGCCAUCAACAACCUGAAGGAGAUGAACAGAGGUAAUAUCUCUCCUGACAGAAGCAUCAACAUCUUCCACUGUCUGAUGGAGAUGAACGACCACUCAGUACAUCAGGAGAUCCAAGAGUUCCUGAAGUCAGAGAACAGAUCAGAGAAGAGACUCUCUGAGAUCCACUGUUCAGCUCUGGCCUACGUUCUGCAGAUGUCAGAGGAGGUUCUGGAUGAGUUGGACCUGAACAAGUACAACACAUCAGUAGAGGGACGACGGAGACUGAUCCCAGCUGUGGGGAACUGCAGAAAGGCUGUAUUGAAUCACUGCAGGUUGCCAGAGGCCAUGUGUGCUUCUCUGGCCUCAGCUCUGAAGUCCAACCCCUCCCAUCUGAGACACCUGGACCUGAAUGACAAUGACCUGCAGGAUUCAGGAGUGAAGCUGCUGUGUGGUUUUCUGGAGAGUCCACACUGUAGACUGGAGACUCUGAGAUUGAGUUCCUGCAGUUUGUCAGAGAUCAGCUGUGCUUCUCUGGCCUCAGCUCUGAAGUCCAACCCCUCCCAUCUGAGACACCUGGAGCUGUGGGGAAACAACCCGCAGGAUUCAGGAGUGAAGCUGCUGUGUGGUUUUCUGGAGAGUCCACACUGUAGACUGGAGACUCUGAGACUGAGCAGCUGUAACCUCUCAGAGAGAAGCUGUGAAGCUCUGUCCUCAGUUCUCAGCUCCCAGUCCUCUAGUCUGAGAGACCUGGACCUGAGCAACAACACGCUGCAGGAUUCAGGAAUGAAGCUUCUGUCUGCUGGAUUGAAGAGUCCACACUGUAGACUGGAGACUCUCAGACUGAGCAGCUGUAACCUCUCAGAGAGAAGCUGUGAAGCUCUGUCCUCAGUUCUCAGCUCCCAGUCCUCUAGUUUGAGACACCUGGACCUGAGUAACAAUGACCUGCAGGAUUCAGGGGUCAAGCUUCUGUCUGCUGGACUGAAGAGUCCACACUGUACCCUGGAGACAUUCAGGUCAGGAUCCAUCAACCUGUUCAGUUGA